AUGGCGGCCCCUCGUGCCAACGCGAUCCAGAUCGUUCGGCCGCCCGACAAUGCGAAGACCGAGACGCCAGAGAAGCCCAAGAAGGACGCGACGCAGCGCUUGUGCCGCAACGUAUUGAUCUAUGGGACGUGCCGCUUUGAACAGAGCUGUCCGUACUACCAUCCUCCUCCUGGCACCGACCCGUUGGCCGCGCCGUCGACAGCACCAGUGACUUCCCCCACUAAGACGUCGCUCAGUGUACACGCCACGCCCUUUGCGUCGCCCGAGACCAAGGACCCGUCUCUCUCGACGAUUUCGGGACUGGGUGCGGAGCACCUCGCCGCGCCCGUGUUUGUCCCUAAGACCGCGAUGAGCGAGACCUCUUCCUCACCUGCACCGCAGUCGAGCACGACGCCUGUGCCUACGGACUGGGCGAACGCUGCGCCCUUCAACCCGCCGGUGGACGGCAUGCCGAGUAUGCAGCAGCAGCAUCAACAGCACCCGCAGCAUCCCCACCAGCCUCACCAACACCAGCACGGGAUGGGUUACGACGAGGGUCUCGGGUUUGAUCCCCAGUCUGGCAUGGACACGAGCAUGUUCAUGCCGCCUGCGCAACGCCGCCUGCCCGAGUACCAUCUGUACACGGGACCCUUGCCCCACCUCGCGCCAGGCCGUCAGCCGAUGCACUCGUUCUUCAUUCCGGACGAGCUGCGCCGGAUGGUCCACUCGCGACAGGAGGCAACAUUUGCCAACCCGGGCAUCUCGCAGGGCCUCCCCGCAGAAGUGCAUGUCUACCACUCGCUUGUGCCGCUUGGCAAUCCCGCCACAAUGAACAACGUCAGCCGUGUGUUCCACCACCCCGGACCGGUGUACCGCGCAACGAGCACCGUUGAUGGUAACGUGUAUUGUCUCCGCCGCCUGGAAGGCUACAAGCUCUCGAGCGAGAACGCGUUCGCCGCGGUCGAGACGUGGCGCCAGAUCCGGCAUGCCAACAUUGUCGGGCUGCGCGAGGCGUUCACAACUAAGGCGUUCAAUGACAACUCCAUGGUCAUGGUGUACGAUUUCCACCCAGACUCAACGACAAUCGCCGAGGAAUGGCUCAACCCUGACGCGAUCGCACAUCGGCGUCAAGCGGGUGUGCCCAUCCCCGAACGCAUCAUGUGGAGCUACGUCAUCCAGAUCGCAAACGCGCUGAAGGCCGUGCACACGGCUGGCCUGUCCGUGCGCUGCCUCGACGCGAACAAGAUCUUGAUCACAGGCAAGAACCGCGUGCGCAUCAACGGCGUUGGCAUCCUUGACGUGCUGAGCUUCGAUGUGCAGACGCCCAUGGGGAUGUACCAGCAGGAGGACCUUCUCAAUUUUGGGCAGCUUGUCAUGGCGCUGUGUGCGGACUUUGUUCAGCCCGGACACGCCCAGAGCAUCGCGCAGGGCCUCGAAUACAUUGGCCGCGUGUACAGCCUCGACCUCAAGAACCUCGUUGGCUACCUGCUGGGCAAGCCGACGGCGCUCAAGACGAUCGAUGAGGUGCUGCGUCUCGCCGGCCCGCGCAUCCUCAACGAGCUCGACGCGCUGCAGGCAUACAACGACGCGCUGGAGAGCGACCUCGGUGCGGAGGUGGAGAACGGCCGGAUCGCGCGCAUGCUCAUCAAGCUUGGUUUCAUUAAUGAGCGCCCCGAGUUCGAGAUGGACCCUCAGUGGUCCGAGUCUGGUGACCGCUACGUCCUCAAACUCUUUCGCGAUUAUGUCUUCCACCAAGUCUCGCCAGACGGGAAGCCGGUGGUCGACCUAUCGCACGUCUUGACUGUUCUGAACAAGCUCGACGCCGGCGCGCGCUCGCGCGAAAAGAUCAUGCUCGUGUCGCGCGACUCGCAGUCCUGUCUCGUCGUCGAAUACCGCGAUAUCUACAAGUGCAUCGAGUCCGCGUAUAACGAGCUGAGGAGCGCCGGCAAAGCGAUCCGGCGAUAG